AGGGGGGAAGGGAGGGAGGAAGGCAGGAAAGGAAGGAGAGGAAAGGAAAGGAGAGGAAAGGAAAGGAAGAGAAGGCGAUGGUGGAUUUUUCUAGAGCUUUUCUUAAAAUGUCAGAAUAAUAAGAAUUGAAAGAAAAGAGCUUCCAAUCUUAGCUGUUGGUCUUGUCCACUAAUGCCGAUGAGCCCAUAAUUCUUUGUCUCCAUCUUCCCUCUCCCCAGCGCUUUAAAUUCACCUCUCUUUCAAUCCCUUCUCCCUCUGGAAACUCUAAAUUAUUCACAUUUCAUAUUCUAUUCCAAUUCUACAUUUUUAUUUUCAUUUUUCAUUGUUUCAUGAAGAUCCGUUGCGAUGUUUGUGAUCAAACUGAGGCCUCUGUUUUUUGUUAUGCUGAUGAAGCUGCUCUUUGCCAUGCCUGUGAUCUCCAUGUUCAUCGUGCUAAUAAGCUCGCUGGUAAACACUCACGAUUCUCUUUACUUCAACCCAUCAAGAAGGAUUCUCCUCCUUGCGAUAUCUGUCAGGAACGGAGAGCGCUUGUAUUCUGUCAACAAGAUAGGGCAAUUCUUUGUAGAGAAUGCGACAUUUCGAUUCACGAAACCAACGAACAUACACAAAAGCACAAUCGGUUUCUUCUAACAGGUGUGAAGCUUUCUUCAACUUGUUUUUCCUAUCAAACAUCUUCAUCCUCCAAUGCCUGUGAUAUCGAUGCCGCCAUGGAUGUUAAAACUGGAAGCUCCAACGCUUGCAGCAAAAGACCUAAAAUGGCGCCAAAAGAUCAACAAAUCUCAAGUACUUCACAUUCCGCUGAAAAAGCUACUCCCCCAUCCACAAGCAAUAAUUAUCUGGUCGAUCAAGACGGUCAAGCAUUAAGCGACGGCGGUUCGUUCUCGACGAGCAGCAUAUCGGAGUAUUUGGAAACAUUACCGGGAUGGUGUGUGGAGGAGUUUCUAGAUCCAUCCGCCGCCGCCGCUGCUGCUGCUGCUGCCGCCAAUCGUUUCUGUAAGAUUAAAAAUGGUGAAAUUUUGGGAUUUGGGAAUGGAAAUCUGGAAAGGGAAGAGGAGGAAUCAGUAAGGUAUGUGAAGAAGAUGAGUUGGGAAGUACUUUUAGGUAAAAAUUGUGAGAUUAUUGGUAGAAAAUGGUGGAAUGGAGUAGAAAUCUCCAUGAAAAGUUGUAAAGAUGAAAAAAUAGAUGAAGAUGAACAAACGCAAACUAACUUUUUUGUUUUUAUUUUUUGGUUUGUUGUUGAUGAUGAGAUUUGCAUAUUAGUUUUUACCUCAACCCAUUGCUCACUCUCUUUUGUAUUUUUGCCAUUACAAUUUCCUCUUUUCUUUAAAAAGAAAGAAGAAAAAUAUAAAAAAAAAGUGGUUUGGAUGAGAAUGGAAUAAAAAAUCACACUGCUCCUUUCCUUUCA